CACGACGAGCGUUCGUGUUGCAUUUACUAUUUAUUCAUGUGUCGGGUGGCGGGCGGGCGCAGGUUCUGCCGGCGCAGAGCGGGCGCGGGCCGGGCAGGGGCGGGGGCACACUUACUACGUGAUUAAUCCGCGCCCCCCGGCCCGCGCGGCCCCGCGCCGUACUCGCGCCGGGUUUCCUCGUCCCCGCGCCUCACGGCCACUCGCUACGCACGGCGCCCCGCCAGCCCCGCGUAGUGCCGCGCCCGCCGCGCCCGCCACCCGCCAGUCGCGCAGCGACCCGCGCCGACGUCGCACCGUUUGUGAUUGCGCUCCUACUCCGCGAGCCGACCUAUGAUAUCAUUCAUGCUAAUCUCCGCCCGUUGAUUUUCCUGCCGAGUGACCGCAGUGAGACGGCCGCGAUAUCGCGUGUGCCGAAUGUGCUCGGACGUCGCCCGUGUACUUUUCCAUCGGAUACCGAGCGCGCCCACGAAACCAGUUCGGAGUGACGGAACGCGCCUUCGGAUGAGAUCUCCGAGUGAGCGCCUGUGACCCGCGGCCUGAGAUGCUGCGUCCGUGACCGUCUCGCGACAGUGCCACGAAACCACAUCCGAUGAUCUCGGCGAGCCACCCCGGCGAGGCGCUGGCCCAGCUGCAGCUGGGGCACCUGGGCCACCUGUACCCUGCGCCGCCGCCCGCCGCCAUGACGCCCGAGUUCCUCACGCCUCCGCCGCGCCCAUACCCGCGCUACGCCGCGCGGCGUCCACGCGACCCGCCCGCGCAUCCCUCACCUGCGCCGCCGCCCGCGCCCGCGCCGCACCCGCCGCCCCCGGCGCCCUUUGCCGGCUAUGCGCCCUUCCUGCCGCACGCACCCUACGCCUACCUGUACGGCGCGCGCCCGCAGCCCCCCGCCACCUACCCGCUGCGCGCGCGGUCCUCCUCCGGCUUCGUGCCGCCCGCGCCCGCGCCGGCGCCCGCCCAGCACCGCGCACCCGCGCCGCACGAACAGCCGGCACCUGCGCCAGCGCCCGUGCAGCCCUCUAUAGAGGAUGCACCGAUGUCGCCGGAGCGUGGUGCGCCGGCGCCUUACUUCUGUCGAGGCGCCAUGAUCAGGCUGGAGGACGGGUCGUUGCGGCGCGUGGAGGAGAUGCGCACGGAGGACUUCGUGAGCAGCGCAGGCCGCAGCGCGCACCUCGCCCUCACCAAGUGCACUCUGCUGCGCCUCGACGAGCGCGGCGACAACCUCGCACUCACGCUCACAUACGAUAGGAACCGCACCCAGGUGGAGUUAGACUGGACGGUGGAUAGGCCGUUCUUCGUGUACGGGCGGGGCUGGGCGUCUUGCAAGCCGGAGCGCACUCUGGCGCGGUACGGGCUGCGAGUGCAGAGGCUUCAGGUCGGCGACGUAUGUGUGUCUCUGGUCGCUAAGAGCCACGCGGGUACUAACGGCACAGUUACCAGCAAUCUGGGGGUCAAUGUCACCAGCUGUCUCCCAGCACCGCCGCAAACGCAUCCAGAGAACCUUAGUGUGAAAGAGGACGCCCGCAAACGUCGCUGGUCCGCCCCCGACGUGAACGACGACGACCGUCCACCGCUCAAGAAGCGCUGAGCGUAUACAUCUGUUAAAUUGUGAAAACUUACCCGUGCAAUCGCUCGGACUUUGCCCGGCACUAGCGAGGGCAUCGUGAAAUAUUAGUUAUAAAUGUGAGCCAAACUCACACGGUAAUGUAGGUAAAAUAGAUCGCCCCAGUGACUUGCGCGCGCAACGAUUUAAAUAAAUUGAUAGGCGUUAAAAUAAUUCAUUCAGGGAAGUAAGUUAAUUCGUCAGAUAAGAACGAUUAACUUUGAUUAGAUAAUUAUGAAAAAUAAUUUUACAAUUGUACGAUAUAGUCUAAAAUACUAAUGCGAGAAUGGGACGAAGUUUUCAGCGUUUCCCGCGUUAUUUUGACAUAUGACAUAAUGGCCGGCAAUAUAUUUAUAUCGGCGCGUGCGCGUGUGCGUUCGGUUCGAUGUAGUUGUGACAGCGAGCGCUGACGUACGCUUAAGUUCUCUCGGGAACACCAGGUGCUUAUUUCUGUCGGGUGCUUCUAUACGCGUUCGUGUAUUAUAUUGUAAAUAUGUAACUUAAGUCUAUUGAAUGUUACACUCCAUGACCAAUGUUAUGUCACAAAAGUGCCGGUAACUUUUUACUACGCUGAAUUCUAUAUAAAUCAUUUACAACUUUCUACUUAUGGUACUUUCGCUACCGGAGUCAGAGUGUUUGACGGCAAAAUUCUGAAACGUAUUGGGAGUAAACGCGUGGCCUUAUCAUUUAACACGCUUUUACUUGAAUUGUCGUUUCAUUAUUGGGCCGUAAGUCUCUUGUAGAUCAUGUGAAAUAUACACUAAUGGUCUUUGUGACUAACUCUGAGUACGGUUUAGUCUUACAAAUGUGUUUUUAAUCUACUAAAGAUGUGGAUAAAACCGAUAGUUUAAGACUUGUAAGUAAAAUUCAGCAGAUAAAAAUAAUUUUAAUAUUGGUUCUAAUAUAACACAUGAAGCAUAAACCCAGAAAAGUAAUAGCAUGGAGUUAAUAUCUGAAAGAGCACAAAAUAACGCGUUUAUCAGAUCUUUAUAUUAGGUUAGAUAAUGUGAUAACUAAUGAGAUUUAUCGCCCGUCUGACAGCUGGCGACGGUUAAACAAUUUAAUGCCUCGUUCACACUUA